AUGAGGAACAUCUGGAGCCCGAGCCGCACAUCUGGUCCCCGCCCGCCCCGCGCCCCCGCCACUUCCUGUCGGGGCGCAGUAGCCGGGGCCGAGAGCGGCGCGUGGUUCCUAGCGCGGCCCAGGGCGCCCCCGAGCCCCGCGCCGCCCCGGCCCGUCCCGCGCGCCCCUCGCGGGUCCUACCGAAACUCGGGGGAGGGGGCUCGCAGUGUCCAGACGCCCCCCGCCCCUGCGGGGGAGCCCCGGGGGGAGCCGGGCCGGGAGGGAGCGCCCCGGAGGUCCGGGAAGAGGGGGGCCAAGGGAGAAGAAAUUCGAGAAACGAGCCUCUCGGAGAACCAGACAAACCGGGUUCGGGCAGGGCGGGCGCUGCUGCGCCGGGGCGGGGCCGCGGGCCGGGGCCCCCCCCCCACCCGCCCCGGCCGCUCCACACAAACUUUCCGUCCCGCUCGCUCCCUCCUCCGCGCGCGGCGCCUCCCGCUCCGGCCCGGCUCAUUCCGCACAUUCCGGCCCGUCCCCUCCCCACGACCCCCCCUUCCCCGGCCCCCCUCGCUCGGCUCCCUCGGGCCCGGCGGAGCGGCCCGGCCGGAGCGCCCCCCCGAGCUCGGACCAGGCCCCAGCCGCCCGGUGGGCUCAGGCCCCGAGCCCAGAGCAACCAGCACAAUAGCGUCCAACAGCUGGAACGCCAGCAGCAGCCCCGGGGACGCCCGGGAAGAUGGGUCCGAGGGCCUGGACAAGGGGCUGGACAAUGACGCGGAGGGCGUGUGGAGUCCGGACAUCGAGCAGAGCUUCCAGGAGGCCCUGGCCAUCUACCCGCCCUGCGGCCGCCGCAAGAUCAUCCUGUCGGACGAGGGCAAGAUGUACGGCCGGAACGAGCUGAUUGCACGCUACAUUAAGCUGAGGACGGGGAAGACUCGGACGAGAAAACAGGUGUCCAGCCACAUACAGGUUCUAGCUCGGAAGAAGGUGCGGGAAUACCAGGUUGGCAUCAAGGCCAUGAACCUGGACCAGGUGUCCAAGGACAAGGCGCUCCAGAGCAUGGCGUCCAUGUCCUCGGCGCAGAUCGUCUCGGCCAGCGUCCUGCAGAACAAGUUCCGCCCGCCCUCGCCCCUGCCCCAGGCCGUCUUCUCCUCGUCCUCCCGGUUCUGGAGCCCCCCUCUCCUGGGACAGCAGCCUGGACCCUCUCAGGACAUCAAGCCCUUUGCACAGCCAGCCUACCCCAUCCAGCCUCCCCUGCCUCCGGCGCUCGGCAGUUACGAGCCGCUGGCACCCUUGCCCCCCGCCGCCACCUCCGUGCCCGUGUGGCAGGACCGCACCAUCGCCUCCUCGCGCCUGCGGCUCCUCGAGUACUCUGCCUUCAUGGAGGUGCAGCGGGACCCCGACACGUACAGCAAACACCUCUUUGUGCACAUCGGCCAAACGAACCCCGCCUUCUCGGACCCGCCCCUGGAGGCGGUGGACGUCCGUCAGAUCUACGACAAGUUCCCCGAGAAGAAGGGGGGACUGAAGGAGCUUUAUGAGAAGGGCCCCCCGAAUGCCUUCUUCCUCGUCAAGUUCUGGGCCGACCUCAACAGCACCAUCCAGGAGGGCCCCGGGGCCUUCUACGGCGUCAGCUCGCAGUACAGCUCCUCGGACAGCAUGACCAUCAGCGUCUCCACCAAGGUGUGCUCGUUCGGCAAGCAGGUGGUGGAGAAGGUGGAGACCGAGUACGCCAGGCUGGAGAACGGGCGCUUCGUGUACCGCAUCCACCGCUCGCCCAUGUGCGAGUACAUGAUCAACUUCAUCCACAAACUCAAGCACCUGCCCGAGAAGUACAUGAUGAACAGCGUGCUGGAGAACUUCACCAUCCUGCAGGUGGUCACGAGCCGGGACUCCCAGGAGACGCUGCUCGUCAUCGCCUUCGUCUUCGAGGUCUCCGCCAGCGAGCACGGGGCACAGCACCACGUCUACAAGCUCGUCAAGGACUAGGGCGUCCUCUGCCGCCGCCACCGCGACCGGGAUGAGCCUCUUGUCCACACCCCCGCCUGGCCCCGCACCCCCGGUGCCCAGGACCCAGGACUCAGCCGGGACCCGGGAGGCCGCCCGCUCCCGCCACCACACACACUCCCUGCCACUGUUCUGCGCUUUACUUGUGGGCGGAGAGAGGGGGGCUCCACGGCCGCCACCCCGCUCUGCCCCACCCAGGAGGGAGGGAGGAACCGGGGCUCAGGCUGGGUGGCCCCGUGGCAGGAUGGAGACGGGGGAGGAGUCGGCGUGCGGAGACCCUGGACGGAGCGGGCCAGGCUGGGCUGGGUGGAGGCGAGAGCAGGGCCCGGGUGCCCGCAGUAUGCCCCACCUGGUGCCAGCCUCUCCGUGCCCCGGACCACCUCACACCUGCAAGGCGAGCCCGGGUGAGGUGCUGAGAAUCCAAGGAGUUGAGGGCCCUGCGAGGGGGAACAGGCAGAGCUGGGGUCCUCCCCGCCAGUCCCCGUCACCCCUGUCCCCGGAGAAGCCACACGGACACGAACUUCCUGCCGUGGGGGUCAGCCACAGAGGCCCAGUGGGAGUCGGGCACGAGUCAGGAAGGAGCAGACCUCGGGGACCUGAGCACGUCACCUGCCCAGAGUCCCCUGCGGCAGGGCGGGGGACGCUGUGGCGGAAACUGCCCUCUGCUGCCCGCUGUCCAGGCGGGUGGCUCUGAGGCCAGCCCUCUUGUCGGAUGGGGUUCCUGAGCCCCCCCGGCCCGGCAGCCUCCCGAUGGGGCGUGGUGCCCAGGUAGACCUGGGCUCGGAAUAGGCUGGAGGGUCAGGUAGGAAGCGGGGGGCGGCCCCCGUCUCCCAGGCCCGCAGCUGCCACCCCGGCCGCCCAGAUAUUUAAGUUUCACAUGAAGUACUGUGCCCCGCCCCCCGCCUCCCCUGAGCUUCCCGACGGCUCUCACCGCGCGUAUCGCUCAGGCCACCUCCAGACCCGACCUAGGUUUUAUAAUGUAUAUUAUAUAUUUUUUGUGUAUUUUUUAAAUCCAGCUGUGAUGGGUUAUAUCAUAAAUGUGUCACGGGGCUGGGGCAGGGGUCCUCAAGGCCCUGCUCCAGCUGCAAACAAACAAACACCAA